GCACUCCCACCAUCACACUGUGUCACGACUGGACAGAGCACGAAGAAAGAGCACGUUCUUGCAGCAAACAAAUUAGGAAAGCUACAAUGGCGCAAUCCACCAACUUCAAAGAAGCCUUCUCCCUCUUCGACAAGCGCGGCACCGGACGCGUCCAAAUCGACUCUCUCGGUGACCUCCUCCGCGCGUGCGGCCAAAAUCCCACUCUCGCUGAAAUCAAAGAUCUCGAGCACUCAGUCGGCGGAGACUUCGACUUCGAUGCUUUCACGCGUGUGCUCAACCGCCCCGGCGGCUUCCGCGACCCCGGCGAACCCGAAGAAUACUGCCGCGGCUUCCAAGUCUUCGACAAAGACCUCACAGGCUUCAUCGGCGUGGGACAAUUCCGAUACAUUUUGACGAAUCUGGGCGAGAAGAUGAGCGAUGAUGAGGUGGAUGAACUCUUGAAGGCAGUGGAUACGAGUUCGGGAGAGCUGAAUUAUGUGGAUAUGGUGAAGAUGAUUCUGCAGAAUUAGAUGCUGUGGUGGGGCAGAGGAGUUGGUCGAACGGAACUGCGUAGCGCGGUGUUCUGUGUGCAUGCAUUAUGAGCCAGGAAUUGGUGAAUUGGGCGUUUUUGUUUACUGGGGAAAUAUGGGCCGGGAAUUGUUGUUACAGACAUGGAGAGGAUGCGAAAUAUGAAAUGCCAGAGUCUGGAGCAGGCUAUGACGGGUCUGGGCUGAAUACGAUGAGAUCGGCUGGUACGGGUAGAGACGACAGCCUGUUCAAAAGAGCAAUUGAGAUCUGUAUGCCUGUUCUGCAGAGCUGUUCACUAUUCUUGCGCCAAUUCUUUGCGUGUAAUGGUUCAUCACU